CCCAAGUGAGUUGCUUGUUGUUGUAUUCUUCGCUUAUUUCACUACUGUUACAUUGGCCAGUACAUCAUUUUACACGGGUGUGGACAUGGGUGGUGAGAUCGGAAAGCGACGCCGGAGCAUGUCGAAAAACAAACAAAACUGUCUCGGGAUAUGCUGAGACCCCAUGUCCCACGUCAUCAAGGCGUGGCAAACAAGCUGAGACUAAUAAGAGAUCAUGGAAGGCAAGAACAAGGGAAUAAGCAGAUAUUCCACACGAAUAAUGACAUUAAGUGUGUUAUGUCUGUGGAUUUUCUUCACAUAUUUUGCAGUCCAAAACGAUCUGACUGUAAUGCAACAAAACCGAGUGCCCAAUAUGAAACUGGCCAACGUGACCCAAAGGCCUAAACCCGCUAUAACUCAUGGAACGCCUGAACAUAAGCACACUACAGCUGAUGGUACGACUGGACAUAAGCCCACUAUAGCUGAUGGAACGACCGGAUAUAAGCCCAUGUUAGCUGAUGGAACGCCUGAACAUAAGCCCACUCUUGCUCAUGAAACGCCUGGCCAUAUGCCCUCCAUAGCCUAUGCUUCGACUUGGUUCCACUAUAUAAACUGGCCACAGGGUGAUUUCAGAAAUUUCUCUUCCUGCAGAAACAAAUGUAUGAUUUCAAACGAUCCAAAAAGUGCCGAUGCUGUGGUUUUUCAUAAUCGCGGUCGAAAUUUGGAUUCAGCUUUUGAGCUUCAUCACAGGAAUACGAAUAAUCGACGUCACCAGGUUUUUAUUUUCUUUGGCCGAGAGUCAGAAAUACACACAAGAAUAAACGGCGAACAUCUAAAUUCUGUCUUCAACUGGACAGCUACUUACAAACGAGAUUCCGAUGUCAUCACUAGCUAUUCGCACAUCGAACAAUUGAAAAAUGAGCACAUUGAAGGUAAAGUGACAAGUUUCUUAGCUGCCGAAUUCGACAAAGAUACAAGUCUCAUCCAAUCCAACAAAAUAGUAACUGGAACGAACUAUGCAAAAGGUAAAAACAAGAUGGCGGUAAUGAUGGUCAACAAUUGCUAUGCCAAUACUAACAGGUUAGAAUACGCCAAGAAACUACGCGAAUAUGGCGUUCAUGUUGAUAUUUUUGGCAAGUGUGGCAAAAGGUGCCCAGGAGGCUGGUGUCAAAUAACUGAUAUUGCACAGCAUUACAAAUUUUACUUGGCAUUCGAAAAUUCCCAUUGCCCAGAUUACAUCACCGAAAAGUUCUGGACCAAUGCCUUGGGACAUGGUAUGAUACCGGUUGCCCUGGGAACGAGUAAAGAGGACUACUUGCAAGUGGCGCCACCCCAUUCGUUUAUUCACACCGCCGAUUUCCAGACAGUUGCUACGUUGGCGGAAUAUCUUAAGUUACUGGAUAAGAAUGAUGUACUCUAUAACGAGUAUUUUGAGUGGAAAAAACACUACCGGGUUGUUUAUACUCGCCCGGCCUGCCGUCUGUGUGAAGCGUUACAUGAUGAGAAAAAAAUGAACCGGAGGAAGAUAUAUUCCGAUAUAAAGUCGCACUGGGAUGCAACCAGUCAUUGCCAAAAUAAGGGCCCGCUGCCCCUCCCAUAGGCUCUCGAUGCAGUCCUUUAACUGAACGAGGCCGAAUCAGUGCGAUAGGAAUAAGAUUAUGAUUAACUGGACCGUUGUUGCGCAUGCUUCACAGUUUCGGAACUUGAAGAAAUGUGUUUGGUGACAUCUGACUAACCUUGAAUUCAGAAAAGUUCAAUAUCAGUCGAGCCAGCACAAUAGAUAGUGCUAUAAAGUGACCUUCUAAAUGCUGUCGCAAUAUCAAACCAGUAUAAAGACGUUAGCAAUGAAAUGGUCUAUUAAACCGCACAUUUUCUGGGCAUUUUCUUGCGGAAUUAAGUGAUAUAAUGAUUUUAAGAUCAAUGAACGAAUGAAUUAUAUCCAAUGACCUCCAGUUUAGAGGUGGCCUUCAGUCUGAGGCGGGAUUUGCCGGGAGAAAUUGUUGGCUGCCAAUUUAUUUGUUCGGCUGAAAACGACCGUCAGUGAGAAACGGAACGCCAAAUUUCCAGUAUUCUCUGAGUCGUAAAACAACCAGCCCCGAAAACCAAGGGCAGUCGGCAUUAGAUUCGAAGGACAUGGCAUUGGUCAACUCUCUUUUUAGAUGAUAAUGAUUUAUUCAAUAAACUGCAUAGACAACUUUUGUGAACUUUGGAUGUCGGAUAAUCAUGGACUUUACACUGAAGCUGUUGGUGGUGGCGUCUUUCCAAGAAAAGUGUCAAGUUAUUUCAUUUUAAAAGCAAGCUUAGUAGCUAGACAAGGUCUGAAGAAUUGUUCAUCCUGGUAGAAAUUCAUAGGAAUUGGUAAAAGCGGUCUAGACAAAUCAUAUUCCGCAUAAACUAACUGAGCUGUAUACUUAGUGUACAUUUCCAUGGCAUCGCAAUACAUGGUAAAAACCGUCUAGACAAAUCAUAUUCUGCAUAAACUAACUGAGCUGUAUAUUUAGUGUACAUUUCCAUGGCAUCGCAAUACAUGGUAAAAACGGUCUAGACAAAUCAUAUUCUGCAUAUUAUCGUCGCCGUUGUGGGGUAAUCAAGCGUAUGGGCGGUUAUAUCCGCAAUACAUGGAGGUUGCAAUGUUUAUAUGGACGUUACCAAUUUUAUAAGGAGGUUGCAAAUUUGGGUGGUUAAAUUAAAGACGUUAGAAUUUAUGACAUUAACACAUUUAAGACGUUAGUAAUUACAUGAAUCUGAACUAGCCUAUUCUUCUUAAUAUAGUUAUAUAGGCCUAGGCCUAUUGAAAUAUCUCGGACACUUACCCAUAAGAUAUUGCAUCUGUUCCCUAGGGAUAUCAAAACGAGGUCUUCCACCGCUAGGCCCUUGCGAAAUAUUUCUUGGGGGUUUGGCAGCAGCAGUCCCACCGGUGUCACUUUGCUGAUCAUUGAUAAAACCACGUAAUACUCUGUGAAUUUCAGCAAGAAGGGUCGAAAUAUUUUCUGUGGUUUCAUUUCCAACACACAAAUCAAUACUGUCACGCACGACACUUUCUAAUCGAAAAUCGACAGCAUCGUCAAUUUCAGAUUCAUGUUCAAUAGCAAAUUUGAUUUCACCGACGACUCUUUCAAUUCUAUCACCCAGAACCGAGAAUGCAUUCAUGUUCUCCAAGCAUGCAAGGUAUACAAUACAUAUGCACAACGGGGUCGUUGUUGUCGUCGUCGUUUGGUAAACAAUGGCCGAACUACUCCCUUCAUUUCCGGCACGAGCGCCACCCAACGGCUGUUAAACAUACGACGGUAUAACACAACGUCUGUAUUAAACCACGUCAGUAUAAAACCACGUCUGUUUAACAAUACGACCCUAAUUCACAAUCUCCGUAAAUCGCCAUGUCUAUAAUUACUAACGUCUUAAAUUUGUUAAUGUUUAAGGAAUUGAACCCGAGGCGGAGGACCUUGGUUGAGUUACCAAGACACUCGAGGGUGGAGCUAAAAUACAGUCCAAACCCGAGCCGAUAGGCGAGGGUUUGGACGAAAUUUUAGCUCCACCCGAGAGUGUCUUGGUAACUCAACCAAGGUCCGAAGCCGAGGGUUCAAUUUCUAUUCUAAAAUACCUCAAACUUAAAAAGAUAGGCCACGAAAAUAACUUGAAUAUGUGCGAAUUUGGCAAAUUCCAUCCAUCGCCUGCCCGGAGCGCCGGUAGCGCCGUUGUUUACAUUAUGUUACGGCAGCGCGCAUAGGAAGUCCGCAUCGGCUCACUCAAGUGAUGCUAAAAUCCGCGCAAAUAAGCUAUUUGGAGCGUUUUUCUCGGCAAAUAUGUGUAGUGCUCAUUAAAAAACUUAUGGUGGUUGAUGCUUCCUUGGCUGAUUUGUGUUUGAAGCAGUGUUUUGAGAGCCUCAAACUUCUGAAGUGAGCUGUGUGCAUGGUUUCCACAUUUUAGUGCAACCCGAGGGAACUUUGGUAGAGCAUCUUGGUUGCGUGUCCAAAACACUCCACUCUCAGAACGAGGCUUAUGCAUUUUCCAUUUAAAAGUUGACUUAACGGUACCAAGGUAUUUUAGAAUAUAAAUUCUAACGUCAUUAAUUUAACCACCCAAAUUUGCAACCUCCUUAUAAAAUUGGUAACGUCCAUAUAAAAAUUGCAACCUCCAUUUAUUGCGGAUAUAACCGCCCAUACUUUUACAAGAAAGUUUAUGUCACUGUUCGAUUCUGUAAUGAAAAUAGUUUUUGUCGGACACGGAAAGAACAGGAGAAAUGUUGAAAUAGGCUUACUGGAUGCAGUUUUCUUUCUGCCACCUCCCCUCCCCUACUUCACCUCCACAAUCCUCUGAACAUGUUCUACCCUAAUCGCCAUAAGCGACAUACAUAAAUGAAAAGAAAAUUUAUAUAUAAAUAGCAGGUAACGAAAUGGAGAUGAAGAAGCGAUUAGAUCCUUUUUAGUCUUUGUUAGCGAACAAAAAAGCGGUCUAAUUAUUCCACGAUUGGUGACACACUGACACUGAAAUAGCCGUUAGCAUGGCUGCUCUAAAAUUAGCUGAGAUCGUAGGCAGUAAUCUUAUUCUUUUCUUUUUCUUUGAGUACAUGCAUUCUAGUUUGGGAUUAUCCAACUGGAGUUGCAUUGAGAUGCAAACUGUAUGAAUUUCUUAAAGACAUUGGAUACACCGGAUAGCCCUAAGUUAUUGACCUAGGCAUUGUGGGCACAGCUGAGAGAGAAAUGUCAAGUUGCAGGAGUAGGUGAGUGAGUGUCCCUUGCAAUAAUGCGAGCACAGUUCUAACGAGUUAACGAAGAAGAUAGUUUGCAGCAAUAACAACAUCAUUAAAAGUCGAGGCGAUUAUUGUCAACAAUUUGUCAAAGUCGUGUCGAGUUAUAUAAUGAAAAAAACCUCAUAAUCCAAAAUGGCAACCAUGGCCACCAUUUCGGAUGAGUUGCCAAUCUUCCUUUAGCCAAGGCCAAAAAUGUUACUUGUUUGACAUGCGUUUUCAGCUUCCUUACAUGAAUCACCAUUUAAAUGUUAAUGAAAACUGAUGCAUAUUUGGCAAGCUUGACCUAAUUUCCAUUUUGAUAUAGUCAGGAAAUGAGGUACAAAUCAAUCUAAAACCAGAUCAGUGAACAAAUCACGUAGCUGACGUGAUCCCCAGCUUGAUUAAUGAUGCUCUGUAUGUAGUCAAGAUGACCUAGUGACACGGGGCUGGCUAAUGGUAAGUCUGUCUUAGCACAGACAUGAUAGAAGUAACUUAGUAUCUUGCCUGCAGGAAGCGCUGUUACAUACAAAACGGGUGACUAGUGCCAUUCUGAACUAUCAGAGGUACGCCAUCCAUAACCUAGCUCCCCCCUUGCCAUUGAAGAUCACAGUGCACCUCACCCAAGUUGAUCUAAUUCUGCUACAUAUAGUGGACACUGUGUGUAUAACGGUAAUAAAUCGGUAGUUGAUAAAACUUGGAAUCAGUGAAACCAUGUAACCUGUGCUAAACCAUGGAAUAGUCAGUACUAAACCGUGGAAUCACUGUGCAAGUACCGCGUGAAAUCGGGUGCGUUCCUUCCACAAUGUAUACCCUUCCAACUGUCAAUCUCGUCCCAGCUGAC